AUGUCUAAGUUGUCGCCAUUAAAAAAGAAAAUUGCUGUUGUAUUAUCACCAAAAUUAUUUGCUUUUGGUGGUGGAACAAAACCAGUUUCACAAUUAUUAUUUAAUAAAUAUGAUACAGAUCACAGUGGUUUAAUAUCUAUUAGUGAACUUCGUUUUCUUUGUUAUGAUAUGGGACAUUUUUUAUCUGAUGCUCAAUUUGAAUGGGCAUGUACUUUAAUUGAUAAAGAUGGAAGUGGUGAAAUAAAUUAUGAAGAAUUUGCAGCUUGGUGGCAAAAUCCAUUACGUUUUGAUCAUUUAUUAUUAUCUGAUGAUCAAUUAGAUAAAUUACAUAAAAUAACUGAAUUAUUUCGUUCUUAUGAUAAAAAAAAUCAUGGUGAACUUGAUAAAAAACAAUUUCAAGAACUUUUUAAACAUUUAAUUAAAGACAAAAUCAUGGAAGAAUAUCACGCAAAUCAAUUUGAUGAAAUUGAUCGAAGUCAUGAUGGAAAAAUUAAUUUUAAUGAAUUAAUUGCUUGGUUUUAUGAUCAAGGAGUUUUACAAAAAAUGGGAGUUUUACCAAUUAAAACGGAAGAUGAACAAAAAUAA